GCUUCCGCUGGUUCCGUUUCCGUCUUUGAGCCAGCUUUUGUUGAGCGUAGUUUAGCGUUUAGCGUGAACGCGACGGAAAGCAGAAGGGGUUUGCGCUUUUUCCGCAGUGAUGUUGCAUGACGUUUGUACAAGAACUUAAAGCUUGAGUAGAAAUGGACGCCAGGAUACCGCUGCCUGUGGAACCAUUACCCCAUGAGACAGACGACAAACGAAUAUGGGUCGGAAACCUUGACAGCCGUCUGACCGAGUUUCAGCUCAUCAAAGUACUGAAGAAGUAUGGCAAUGUUAAGAAAUUUGACUUCCUCUUCCACAAGGCUGGUCCUCUGAAGGGCCAUCCCAGAGGCUACUGCUUUGUCACUUAUGAAACCAAAGAACAGGCUGAACGUGCUCUGAGCUGCUUGCAUGGAAAACUGGUUUUCUCAAAGACACUUGUGGCAAAGUGGGCUAAUAACGUCCCAAGUGUUGACCUAGCAACACGAAGGCAAGGCUUAAGUCUUGGAGUUGCAAAGAAAGAGCAGAAGCCAGUUCCCAAUGUAAACAGCCAGAUUCACGCAAUUGAAGCCAAGCUGCGAGCCAUGGAAAGGGACAAAGAAAAAGACCUAGGUCAGUGCUUGCUCGCUACACCCCCUGCCCCGUCACACCUUGCAGCAGUGAGGCAGCCCGUGAUCCAGUACCAGCCAAGAACAUACAGGCGGCCCCAGAAGAUGUCAAGAUGACAUUAUACCACUGUGCUGCGUGUAUAGUACAGUAGAACUGCAACAUGAAUCUUGUCACCUCACCCAAGACUUCCAUCUUCAAACCAUUUUUCAGCAUUUGAUUGUACAAAAUCAAAGACAACCCUCUAUUCGUUGCUUUUUACAACGUGGCCUGUAAAAAUCUCCCUGAAUAUGUGCUCAUGUGCCCCUGGACUCUCUUUGCAUUGUGACUUGAGGAAGCUGGGACAAUAAAGAUACACUAAAGGUAGCUGUAUUAAAAAGAUGUAUUUCUUGUUGCCAAAAGUGGGAUUGGAAGUCCCAACGUAGGCUUCUUCUGUACCCAUUUCCUGAAGCCUCAACAUGUUUCUGUUACCCUUAGCCACAUUGCUGAAUUGCAUAAUUCUGGUUUUAAUUGCAGUGAUUAUUUCUAGUUUUGAUUGCCCAGAGAAUAGAGUCAGCAUUUCACCAGACAACUGACAGCACAAAUUAUCAUGUUGUGUAGUGCUUAGCUUUUCAUCUGCUACCAUCUGAAGCAUGUCAUAGGAACGUGUGCAAUGUUGCACUGUAAUGAAGUUAUCCCCUUCAGGUGCACCGUGCACAAUUUGGCAUGCCAUGAUAGUGCGUCAAAAGUAAACGCUGUUGUUCAAAAUAAUAUUACUUACAAUGUCUUGCAUACAUCUCAAAAACAUGUGAUUGCAGCUAUGCUGCAAAUUUGAGUAAUAUAUGUAAAGUGUUUUAGUAAAAGAAGUUGUAAAGAAGA